AUGUACAUGGCCAACGACGCAGAUAAUGGCGAAGGUGAAGGUGAGAGUGUAUAUCGCAGCGUUAACAAUGAUGGUCGCGAAUGGUUUCUACAUCUCAAACUCGACUGGUCAAUGUCCGGUCGCGGCUCACACGCGGACUUUGGCCAAAGAGAAGCUUUUCCUCUCCAAGAAGGUGUGUACAUCCAGUUUACGCGCUGUCAGAAGCUUAUGCAGCUCCACAGGUCAUUUCCUUGGCAAGGGCUCCAUGGGCGAUGUCUACACGACCGUUGUUCAUGACUACGCCUUGGCAUGGAAAAGGGUGCCUCUGAUUCGCAAGAUGGGGCAAAGAUAUACGAAGGAACUUGCUAUCUUGAAGAAGCUUAGCCACACUCAUAUGAUCAGACUCAUCGGAACGUACACUUAUCAACAAUUCCUAGGACUUCUGCUUCAUCUGAUCGCCGUUUGCUACUUACACACCUUCUUCAACGACGUCGAGGCCUAUUGGAGUGCCAGUGCAGAUGACACCCAGAAAGACCGUCUCGAAAGACUUCAUUUCUGUAGUCAACAACCAUCUUAG